AUGAACAGACUUUUCGGACAAUCUAAACCAAAGCAGCCCCCACCAAAUCUGACGGAUGUGAUUUCUAACGUAGACAGUCGGGCUGAAUCUGUUGAUAAGAAAAUCGAAAGAUUGGAUGCGGAGCUUAAAAAAUAUCAGCUGCAAAUGCAAAAGAUGCGCGACGGUCCUGCCAAAGAAUCCGUAAAAAUGAAGGCCUUAAGAGUCUUGAAACAGAAGAAAGUUUAUGAGAACCAGAAAGAACAGCUUUACAACCAAAGUUUCAAUAUAGAACAAACUAAUUUCGCUAUCCAGACCGUGCGUGACACGAAAGUUACGGUGGAUGCGAUGAAAGUCGGUGCAAAAGAAUUAAAACGAGAGAUGAAAAAAGUUGAUCUGAACAACAUCGAAGACCUUCAGGACGAUUUGGCUGAUCUACUUGUCUCAACUGAUGAAUUACAAAACAUUCUUAGUCAAUCCUAUGCAACCCCAGAUAUUAAUGAAAAUGAUCUGGAACAGGAAUUAAUGGGUCUGUGUGAUGAGCUAGGUACUGACACGACCUAUUUGAGUGAAGACUUCAACGCACCCUCUGUUCCAACCGGUAUUCCUGGAGAUAGUGUGCCAACUCCGGCCACAGGUACCAUUUCAUCUCCUGACAAUAUCACACUGGAUGAAUUUGGUUUACCUCAGAUUUCUUAG